AUGUCAACAAACUCAGCUUCCGAAAGCUCUCCUUUGCUUGGCCUCUCUCACGACACCAAUGCUGCAGAGGAUACACCCGAAGAUAUUUCACCUCCACGCGAUCUAACCAAUGAUAUUUUCGCUCAUCUAAAAGCCUUUAACAGCAUAGCCUACCAAUCGACCAGAAAUUCGCGGUCAGUCACUGAUGGGUUCAAUGCAUCAGCCGAAUAUGUGAUCGACAAAUUAAAUAAGACGAGGUGUGAUGUGAAAUUACAACAUUUUAAGGUUCCUAUCUGGGAAAAGGAAAAGGAGGCUGAAUUGAAUGUUACCCUCGGCAGUGGGGAAAUUGUAACCUAUCAGGGUGGUGUUGACUUUUGGAGUAUGCGAUACGGAGGACAAGCUGCUAAUUUGACAUUUCAAAAUGUGACCGAGGUGCGAAAUUCCUGCGAUAGAGAGGAGGAAUGGGACAUAGAAGGAAAGGUGGCAUUGAUACAGAUGAACGAAAAAUGCGAUCUUUGGGAAACCGCCUAUAAGGCCGAGAAGUCUGGUGCAUCCGCCGUUAUUUUCUAUAACACACCAAAACAAAAAAAGCUUUCGUAUUCUCGUGUAAGAAUUGUAGAUUGGAAGGAAGGAGAUCCCCUCAUGAAAAUUCCGGUUCUCGCCGCUUCAAAUUCAAUGGGUCAAAUACUAAUUAACUCGCAGCACAUCAACAUAACGACAUACACAAAGUUAUUUAUUGUCGACACGUUCAACGUUUUAUGCUAUUUGAACGGACAUGGAGUCAAUGAAAGUUCCAUUGUGAUCGGUUCUCAUUUAGAUUCGGUACCCGCGGGCCCAGGUCUCGUGGACAAUGCUUCUGGAUCCUCGACAAUACUUGAGAUUCUUCUGCACCUGGAGAAAAACCGGUUUAAACCACAGAAUAGAAUUAUUUUUGCAUGGUGGAGCGCCGAAGAGAUUGGAUUGUUGGGAUCAAGACAUUUUGUGAGGGAAUUGAUAAAAAGUGGUGAAAAUGUCAACGUGGCGAUGAAUUUGAAUUUUGAUAUGUUGGGCAGCCCCAAUUACAUUCCAUUCGUUCUUCGAGGAUCCGAUGCUCCAAUAGAUGCUCGGAACGGCUCGAUAAAGAUUCAACAUGUGCUCGAAAAAAGCUUCCAUAAAAACAGAAAACACUACAAUAUUUCUGAUAUGCUAGGAGGUAGCGAUUUCCUCCCUUUUAUUAAGAACGGUAUUCCAUCAGGAGGACUUUACACUGGCUCGAGCGAGAUCAAAAGCAGAAAAUCCCAGCAAGAGUUUGGUGGCAUUGCAAAUGCACCCUUGGAUCCUUGUUACCAUCAAGAAUGUGAUUCAAUAGAGAAUGUUAGUAAGGAAGCCAUCAGUGUGACGUCUCGAGUAAUUUUCGAAUCAAUUAUAUUUUUCUCCUCUAAGAAGAACCUUGCUGACUUCUUAAAUAGUUAA